GUUCACAGACCGUAAAUUCCGACCCCAUGGUAGACACUCGACAGAAAUUUCAUACUAAAGUAAGUAUUUUAUAUUUUCUGGGUCUAAACAGAGCAGAAGUAUUGCUAACGUGUUGUACAGAUUCUGUUGGACUGGUGAACUGUGUGGAUUUGUAUAUUUAACCCAGUUUAAUAUGGCCUGCUUUGUUCAGUCAGAGACAAGUAAAUCUGUUCUAAUGUUCAUUUAUUUUAAAACACAUGUUUGUUUACACAUGAAUACGUACUUUAUGUUUUCAGAAUGGUGGAGAUUUGGCUCUUAACUAUGGUUAAGUGGGGGGUACUAUAAAAUGCACAGUUCUGAGACACUAUAUACCUAUACUGUGAAAUCAGUACAUGUGUGUGUUUAGAAUGAUUAUAGCUUUUGGGGAAAAAACUAUUCUUGAAUCUAUUAGUCCUUGUUCUGAUGCACCUGUAACGUCUCCCUGAGGGCAACAGAUCAGAGCCAGGGUGAGAGCUGUCCUCAAUGAUGGUUUUUCCUCUGCUGAGGCAACGGGGGGUGUAAAUAUCCAUCAGGGAGGUGUUGUGGAUAAAAAAUGUCAUAAAAUAAACAUAAAGGAGACCUAGCAUCCAGCAAAGGGGAGAAGAAGAAAAGAUGGGCACCUAGACACAUAGAAGCGGGAUUAGGCGGACAUUGACAAAUUGGAAUUACACUUUAAAGAUCUUUAAGAGCAGUAGUAGUCAAAAAAGUCAAAAAGAGGUAUACGAGCUGAGCUGAGGAGUGCUAAUACACACACACACACACACACACACACACACACGCUCGUACAGUCAAGGGCGGGCAAGUAGACACAACAUACACACACAUGAAUAACUUUAAUAAUCUUAUAGUAAUAGAGAAACUCUCUAUAAAAAAACAGAAUAGUAGGAUAUGCAGGACAGUAUGGAGGAUAUGCAGGAGCUUAAGCUCAUCACUUCUGAGAAUUCUCAUCGGUGUGGAUCUCGUGUGGUGGAACGGAACAAUAAAUCUGGACCCUUGCUUCUUCUCACUCACGGCUGGUGUCUUUUUUUUCUAUCUCCAACUGGGCUCAGAGGUAGAUGUGAGUGUUGGCUUCUAUGUUGAAUUUUAAGUGUUUUUGGGUAACAGGCUAUAUUUGAGCCAACAGAGGGGAGAGGUAAUAAAUAAACUUAUAAAUGUGAUUACUUGAUGACCGUAGACAGAACUCUAUAAAUGUGAAAUGUUUUGUUGAAGUUCAGAUGAAUCUCUGAUGUACAGAAUAUUCAACAGAGUUCUGCAGAAAGAUUUUGAAUGCCUGUCAUUCACCAGAACAAAUUUGCAGUUGAACAGUCUGUCUAAAAGAAAAAAUCUAAACACACAAUAUAAAAUUCCUGCAGUGUGAAUAAAGCCUUUGUGUUGCUUUUAGCAAACAUGUCGAGUACUCUCGGUUCAAUGUACACAAUUUACCCCAUUUAAAUGCAUUUUGGAAAUUGUUCCACAUGGCCUUAAAGUGUGAAUAUUCACUGUAUGCCAAAUAAGUAAUCAAAGAAUGGAACUGAAUUUUUUCUUCUCUAACGGACCAUUAAUCACAAUUAUAAAAGAUGAUGCAUCAGGUACAAAGUAUCAGGGUUUUUUCCCCCUCUUUUUCCCACAAUAGUUGCAUGAUUUUUGCUACACCCUUUCCACCGUGUGUGUGUGUGUGCGCGCGCGCGCUACAAAUCACUUUGAGGUAAAAAUAUUUUAAGGCAGCCACUUUCACCUUCCUACAACAAUUGGUGACUGGUCUGAGGUGAAGCUUCUUGUCAUGUUACUGUGGUCAUGGAUCACAUUGUGGGGAUCUCUGUAAUGUAACCAUUUCUGUAAUUAUCCUUACCUGCUUUUGUGCUUCUGUGUCUUCUGUUGGUGCUUUAUUCUGCUUUUUAGGGCCCGAGCACCGCUGCUGCAAAGCCCUAUUGGAUCUGCUGUUUAUUAUUGGGGCAGAGCACCGAAGGUGCAGCGCUUCCGGUGACCACCGGAGGGCGCAUGCACCGGAGGUGCAGGGCCCUAUUGAUUUUCUGGUGUUUAUUGUUUAUUUCAUGCAUUCUUGUCGUUUUUAAGGGCCUAAACAUGGCUGAAAACUCCCAAAACUCGGUAGACGCGCCAGCACCAGUGAAAAUGUAACUUACAUUGGGCAUGGGCAUGGUCGAGGAGCUCCUUAGCACCCCUGAAGGCAGGCAAUGGUCGGGAUGAAGUUGCUCCGAUGUGCACGAUUUACUAUAUAUAUAUAUAAUUAGAUAGAUAUGGGGUAAUAAAGUGUAAAAUAUAGAUAAUUCACAAUAAUUUAAUAUCAGAUAUCAGUUAGAUUCAGCUUCGGACACAAGUUCCAGGUACUGAUCGAGAAGGAGUGGAUCAGCUUCGGACACAAGCUGACCUCGCGUGUCGGCCUUGGAGAUGAGAAUCACGCCAACUCGGAACGAUCCCCUCUCUUUGUGCAGUUCAUCGACUGUGUGUGGCAGAUGAUGAGACAGGUCAGCUACUGAUGCUUUACACCACAACACUGUUGAAUUCUCCAAUCUGAUUGGUCAGAAGGCGUUGGAGACAUUUCUGGAACAGCAAGAUUCUGAUUCCUGCUGCAAGGGAAAUUACAGCUUUAUAGUGAUGUGCUCGUUCUCGUUCCUAUAGUAACAGCUCAUUGACAGGGUCUAGUAUGGCGUACGCAAUACAUAUUCUAAGCUUAAUCGUAAACAUAUUAUAAACAUGUCACUUAAAGAAAAAGACGUAUGAUCAUUGUGAUCUAGUUAAGAUUUAUAAGUUAUCUAUUUAUGGAAGUUUUAUGGAAGUAGUCUCCAGUGUCACGGCAGAGAGGACAUUGCACUUUCCAGUUUCUCAGUAACAUUGCAAGUCUUAUUAAUUUCAAGAGUUAGGGGGAAAAAAGAGAGGCUUGUGAGGGAACUAUUGUUUUAUUUUAAUGUUAUAAAGUAAGAGAUCAUAAUGAGAACUAACUCUCUUUUCCAGGACAUUCCAAAUUGUUCUUUGGCUAUGCCCCAUGUUUGUGCAAUGGUUCAGACCGGUUUUUCCUCUUUUCGCAGCUUCAAAAUGGCUUGCUUUUCUCCCAUAGACAGCUCUCUGGUCUUCAUGUCGGUUUAUUCUUUUUAACAACAAAUGCUGUCUCCACAGGUGAAACCCAGGGCUCAAACCAAGAGAAGACAUUCAGAGCUAUUCAUUGUUUAAAGUCCAUUUAACGAGGUACACCUGGCCAGCAAGAAAAAAACAUCAGUCACUCGUUCCAGUAUUUUUGAACAGUUAAUGAAUAGGAUGGCUUCAAAAAAGCUGCCAUAUUUUAAGCUGUGUAACACGUCUAGAUGUAAAUAUGAGGAAAUGAAAGCUGAAAUUCUGAUCUAUCGUCUCAUAUUCGUCUUUUAUCUCAAACCCAAAUGUCUUCAGUAUACAGCAAAAGCAAGUGAAUUGGCCUUGAUGUUCCAAUACUUUUGAAGAGGACUCUAAUUUUUCCUUCUGCUUCUGAGUUCAAAGAGCUUUUUCUCAUCCCCAUCCUGGAUCGCCCCUACAGCUGCCUGUUUGGUACAUUCCUCUACAGCAGUGAGCAGGAGAGAAUGGAAAAGGAAGUACAGGGUAAAACAGUCACUGUGGUCCUACGUUAACAGUCAGCCGGAGGACUUCACUAACCCGUUCUAUGUGGACUGUAAAAACCAGGUGCUGUAUCCACUGGCCAGUCUCACACAUCUGGAGCUCUGGGUGGGUUAUUAUGUGCGUUGGAACCCACGCAUGAGACCACAGAAAACUACAUGAACGUACAGGUGUUCCUAAUAAAGUGGACGGUGAGUGAACAUGACGUGGCUGAAACGAUUUCCAAAACACUUCAGGAGCAGCUAGCGAUAAAGAUUAAGAUGCCGCUUCAUCAGAAUCUGAGAGAGUUAUUGUUUUUGCGUGAAGAACGUGGAGGAGCUCCAGAGAGAGGCCACGUCAUCCUGCUCCAUCUCCUCAUCCUCAGAGCAUACUUCUCCCUCCUCACAUAGUGGAGGCGGUUCAGCUGGACGGAGAGAUCCUGCAUGCGCUGUGAAGCGAGUGUGUUCUGUGGCGUAUCGGCACAUGGACAAGCACAAGAUCGAGCCGGUGCUCUACAUGAUGGAGUGGUUCAUGUGCGCCUUCUCCAGAACUCUGCCCUGGGCCUCGGUCCUCAGAGUGUGGGACAUGUUCCUGUGUGACGGAGUGAAAAUGAUAUUCUGUGUGGGUUUGGUGGUGUUGACGUCCAUGCUGGGUACUCGGGAUAAGCUCAAGGCCUGUCCGGGUCAGUAUGAGACCGUGGAGGUCCUCAGAGCGAUUGAGCCUAGAUACAUGCAGGAGGGCUUCUUAGUGCUCCAGGUUCUGGAGUUGCAGGUAUCGGCACAGGACGUGGAACAUGAGCAACGCAUGCAGCUGAAGCGCUGGAAGAAGAAGUGCGGCGAGCCCGGCCCCAAACUCCCUCAGAGAAUGCACAGUGCUCGCACCAUCAUGGCCACCGAGCCUCAUACACACCAAGACCUCCGCCAGAAACCCACCAUUAUGGUCCAGUACCCAUCGGUCCCUGAGGAGAAGUCCGAGCCGAACCUCAGGAAGAAGAGAGGGAGCCUGAAGAAAAACCAAGCCCUCAGUCCUAACCCCUACGCUCUACCUGGUGAGUCUAAACCUGGUCAGAUAUUGGACAUACAGCUUCUGAACCAGGAAAAUCUCAAUCUUGUACUUCCAAAUACACCAUCACAUCCACCACGGCUCCCUACAAUGCAGGAAAAUCAGGUCAAAGAGACGAGCACUUCUACAGAGCGACUCGUGCAGCGUCCUCGAAUUCCUCCAUCGAUAAGAAACUGGCGGAAUCUAUCCCACUGCAACAUCUAUCCCUCCUUACUGCUCCUGUACACGGAUCACCUUCAGCGUAGCGUCCUCACCUGCUGAAAUGUGCUCCUGUCCAAUCCAGAGAACCUGACCAUGAUGAGCUCCCUAAUAAUACAUAAAACUCAGCCACCAUUUUGGAUCCAUCUACAGACUCAAGCCCUCUGCUAACGCACAACGCACCUGCCACCCACGACUCGCCUGCUGCUCCCGAGUACAAAAAGAACACUCAUUGAUUUUUUUUUUUUGUUGUGCGUGUUAAACAGUGUGAUACGUUGAGGAAUUGAUUAUUGGCACACGUCUACUGAAUAGCAAGGAUCGUUAAGUCUUUAACGUGUUAUAGUUUACACCGGAGGAACUGCAAACAAUCUGAGAGAGGGAGAAACCCGUCAGCUACUAGAGGGCACACUUGGUCCAAAAAUGUACACACACUCCACAAAAACUCUGCAGUGCCUGAGGACUGUUUACUCGCUCCAGUCUUCAGAAGGGAAACUACCUACAGAUUCACUUUUGAAAGACUUUCACAGGCAUCACAAACAUUUGUUUAUAUUACACUCGUAUCAAUUUGGCAGGUUUUUUUCUUCUUAAUCCGAAGCAACCACCACUUCUUUGUGUUUGUAUUUCACAAAUUUCCUUACCACAUCUUACAAGAGCUGCACGACAAUCACAACAAUCCUGUACAAUAGGCACAGCCUUUUCAUUAACAUAACCUCAGUGAAAUAUCCUCUGUCUGUAUACUUUACACGCAAACAAAACAACUCAAGCUGAGAACUUUAUUGCUGAUUCACGUUAUACCACACCGCCUUCUAAUAUAGAUCUGAUCUAUAUUAUAUAUACGUGUACCUUAGAUAACGCCUCUCUGAACGCCAUGGUGGGACGUUCCCGAGUUGAAGUACUGUACAAGUCCUAAGCAUUAGAUCACCCCAAUUACUCUUGUAUACUCUUUCCAUACCAUCGUGAUCUUUGCCUGACGAAGCCAUACACAAAUCAUAAUUGACAUUUGGGGCCUAAUUCUAAAAUCACCACAUACCAAAUGCACAACCAUUUUGUCUUGCUGCCAUCACAAAAUAAAAAUGUUUAAACCUUAAGUAACAGAGUCAUGGAGGGUGUAUAUAUUUUUCCACACUACAUGAAGUUUGGGGAUCCUUAUAGACUGUGGAACAGAAGUGUACUCAGUGUGUCUCCGCCGUUUUAUUUCAUAUUGGAGUACAGCCAUUUUUCUUUUUUACCAUUAAGGAUGAAACACUUGUUUCUUUUAAAACACCGUCUUUAAAUGUUUUUCUACCUCCUAACUAAACCCUCGGACUUAAGACACGAUCUUUGGAGCUGUUGACGCCCUGCUCAGGGUUAAACAACAACGUCUUUACAUUACCUUCAUUAAUAAUUUGUCAAUCUAUCCUCUUGGUUUUUUUAUUUUUUUUUUGGAGCAAAAGUCAGGUCCUCUCUCAUUUCAACAGGUCCUCUUGUUGGUGAAUACACAGCAAUCGUCUAAGGGUAUUAGCAUUUCUCGGAGCAGACAUUGUAA